AUGGGUCGUCCAGCUCAUGAAAAAAAGAAGGCCAUUGAUGCAUCAGUGGGUGGUUUGGUUUGGGUCCGAAGGCAAAAUGGGUACUGGUGGCCAGGUCAGAUUCUCAGCCAAGAUGAAUUGCCCAAGACUACAUUGCCUGUGCCAAGACCAGGGACACCUAUAAAGCUCCUUGGGAGAGAAGAUAUAAGUUUGGGCUGGUAUAAUCUCGAGGCAUCAAAAAGAGUAAAAGUUUUUCGUUGCGGAGAGUUCGAUUCGUUCAUUGAGAAAGCGAAGGCGUCCACAUCUAAUUCAUCAAAGAAGGCGGGGAAAUAUGCUCACAGAGGUGAUGCCAUUAUUCAUGCACUUAAGAUUGAAAGUGCUUGUAUUCAAAAUUACCACCCAGAAAAUACUGAUGUGCUGUUUAUGUUAGGCUCUUCAGCGUUUUCAGGGAUUGAGGAGCUCAAUGAGUUGGGUUCUUUCGUUUGGGAUUCUGGUGCUCAGUGGCAGUUAAAAGGAAAAAGGAAGUCAAAUUCAAGAAAAAUGGAAGUACGCAAUAAACAUGACAGUGUGUACAUGUCAGGUACUAAUCUGGACAGCUCUUUUGGAAAGUCAGGACCAACUGCGGAUAUUGAGUUUGAAAUGUCAUCUGUUAUGCUGAUGGAACCUCACACACGAGGACAAGCUGAUGAGCCGGCAAUUCCCCAAAGGUUAAUGCAGUACCGCCAGUCAUGUUCUACAGUCAAUCCGAAGUAUGAUGCAUCAGAGUUUUAUCUUGAAGACCGUGAAGUUGAUUCUGGUUUGUACGAUGUUACUCUCGAGGUGGACAGGCGCUAUCAACCACAACCCGUUCCAUAUAUUUCUCCAAAAAGCAACUUAACUGGUAAGUCAAUUAUUGGCCACCCACUUACUGUUGACGUGUUAGAAGGUGGUGCAGUCAUUGAAAAGAGGCCACAUGGAAGGCCACGCACAAAGAAUGUCCGUCCGCAGCAGCUGAUCCCACCAGUGAAAUCACGAAAAUGGAAGAAGCAUGACGGUUCACUGAGAAAGUCCAGGAAGUUGUCUUCACUUACUGGUUCGCCAGAACCACAGGAAAAACCGGUGGUCAACAUGCUCGUCAAACCAGUCUUAGCAUGCAUCCCACUGAAAGUGGUGUUCAGCAGACUGAAUGCAGCAUUGAAUAACUCAAUCUGA